GUGGAGGCUGCUGCCGGUCCCCCGCCGGGUGUUGCUGAGCGCGGAGCCCGCGGGGCCCGUGAGGUCAAGUGCUUGGGAUCUCCUUCUGAGUGAGUGAGCGCACACCUCUCAUUGCUGACAGACGUGAUGUUUUACCGGUUGCUAUCGGUGGUCCAAAGACAAAGAACCAGCCGAGGAUGGCAGAACUGGUCCUCAGCCAGAAGCGGUGCAUCAGCGGCCGAGGCGCAUUCUGUCGCCCUGCCUGCCCAGGCGCAGGUGGUCAUCUGUGGCGGGGGAAUCAUGGGCACAUCUGUGGCCUAUCACCUGUCCAAGAUGGGGUGGAAGGACAUUGUCCUUUUGGAGCAGGGCAGGCUGGCUGCUGGCUCUACGAGGUUCUGUGCGGGCAUCAUAAGCACUGCCAGGCACUUGAGCAUCGAGCAGAAGAUGGCAGACUAUUCAAACAAACUGUACCAGCAGUUAGAGCAAGAAACGGGGAUCCAAACAGGUUACAUACGGACAGGCUCCAUCUUUCUGGCCCAGACUCAGGACCGGCUGAUCUCCCUGAAGCGCAUCAACUCCAGGCUGAAUGUGAUAGGCAUCCCUUCUGAGAUCAUCUCCCCCAAGAAAGUGGCCGAACUGCACCCUCUGCUCAACGUGCAUGACCUGGCGGGGGCCAUGCACGUCCCCGAGGACGCGGUGGUGUCCUCUGCUGAUGUGGCUCUCGCACUGGCAAGUGCUGCCUCCCAAAAUGGUGUUCAGAUCUAUGACCGGACAAGUGUUGUUCACGUGAUGACCAAAAAAGGUGAAGUCACUGGUGUGGAGACAGAUAAAGGACAGAUCGAAUGCCAGUAUUUUGUCAACUGUGCUGGUCAGUGGGCAUACGAGCUGGGUCUGUCCAACGAGGAGCCGAUUAGUAUCCCGUUACAUGCCUGCGAACACUUCUACCUCCUGACUCGCCCCUUGGAGACCCCUCUGCAGAGCAACACACCAAAUAUUGUGGACGCCGAUGGCAGAAUUUAUAUUCGCAACUGGCAGGGCGGCAUCUUGUCUGGGGGCUUUGAAAAAACCCCGAAACCAAUUUUCACUGAGGGCAAGAACCAGCUGGAGAUUCACAACCUACAGGAAGACUGGGACCACUUUGAGCCCCUGCUGAGCUCCCUCCUGCGUAGGAUGCCAGACCUGGAGACGCUGGAGAUUGUGAAGUUGGUCAAUUGCCCCGAGACCUUCACGCCAGACAUGAGGUGCAUCAUGGGCGAGUCUCCUUUGGUUAAGGGCUACUACGUCCUGGCAGGAAUGAACUCCGCUGGCCUUUCGUUUGGUGGAGGAGCUGGAAGGUACCUCGCUGAGUGGAUGGUGCAUGGUUAUCCCUCAGAAAACGUCUGGGAGCUGGACCUGAAGCGUUUUGGAGCCCUGCAGAGCAGCCGCACCUUUCUGCGCCACCGGGUCAUGGAAGUCAUGCCUCUGCUGUACGAUUUGAAGGUUCCUCGUUGGGACUUCCAGACAGGGAGGCAGUUACGCACAUCCCCUCUCUAUGACCGGCUGGACGCACAAGGAGCCAGGUGGAUGGAAAAGCAUGGAUUCGAGAGGCCGAAGUACUUUGUGCCACCAGACAAGGACCUCCUGGCUUUGGAGCAGAGCAAGACUUUCUAUAAGCCGGACUGGUUUGACAUUGUGGAGUCUGAAGUCAAGUGCUGUAAGGAAGCCGUAUGUGUCAUUGACAUGUCCUCUUUCACAAAGUUUGAAAUAACAUCCACCGGAGAUCAGGCAUUAGAAAUUCUGCAGUACCUCUUCUCCAAUGACCUUGACGUGCCCGUGGGCCACAUCGUGCAUACCGGCAUGCUCAAUGAGGGCGGAGGAUAUGAAAAUGACUGCAGCAUAGCGCGCCUGAACAAGCGCAGUUUCUUCAUGAUUUCUCCGACCGACCAGCAGGUCCACUGUUGGGCCUGGCUUAAGAAGCACAUGCCGCUGGACAGCGACCUGCUCCUGGAGGACGUCACCUGGAAAUACACGGCCCUCAAUCUGAUUGGUCCUCGAGCUGUGGAUGUGCUGUCCGAGUUGUCCUAUGCCCCGAUAACUCCAGACCACUUCCCAAGCCUCUUUUGCAAGGAGAUGAGUGUGGGCUAUGCCAAUGGGAUCCGGGUGAUGAGCAUGACUCACACGGGAGAGCCAGGCUUCAUGCUUUACAUCCCCAUAGAGUAUGCCCUACAUGUCUACAAUGAAGUGAUGAGUGUUGGGCAGAAAUACGGAAUCCGGAAUGCUGGGUAUUAUGCUCUUCGUAGUCUCCGAAUUGAGAAGUUUUUUGCCUUCUGGGGUCAGGAUUUGAAUACCCUCACCACCCCCCUGGAAUGUGGACGAGAGUCUCGGGUGAAAUUAGAGAAGGGGGUGGAUUUCAUUGGUCGAGAUGCCCUGCUGCAGCAGAAGCAGAACGGAGUGUACAAACGCCUGGCUAUGUUCGUCCUGGACGACCAUGACACAGACCUGGACCUCUGGCCCUGGUGGGGAGAGCCCAUUUACCGCAACGGGCUGUACGCUGGCAAGACCACCAGCAGUGCCUAUAGCUACACCCUGGAGCGCCACGUCUGCCUGGGCUUCGUGCACAAUUUCUCUGAGGACACUGGGGAAGAGCAGGUGGUGACAGCAGAUUUUGUCAACCGGGGAGAGUACGAGAUUGACAUCGCAGGACAGCGGUUCCAGGCCAAGGCCCGGCUCUACCCGGUCGCCUCCCUCUACACCCAUAAGCGCCGAAAGGAAGACGUGGAGCUAAGUGACUUGCAUGGGAAGUAA